AUGGACGUGGCUUUAGGUAAGUACAGUCGCAGCGUCAACGUUUUCAACUGGGCGACCAGAGAAAAAGUGAAAACUAUAAAGCUAGGAUUGCCGGAGGGAUCGAUGCCCUUUGAGAUUCGCUUCCCACACGACCCAAAUCGGCCGGACGCGUUUUUCUGUACCGCACUUGGGUCCUCAAUUUAUCGCAUGACUCCGAAGGAAAAGGGCUCCCUGCAAUACGAAGCCACUUGCCUCAUAAAAAUCCCACUAUUGAGCGUCUCCAACUGGGACCUCCCAUUAAUGCCUGCGUUUGUCACGGAUUUAGUUUUGAGCAUGGAUGAUCGAUUCCUCUAUUUCACAACUUACCUCCACGGAGACGUUCGACAGUAUGAUAUUAGCGAUCCGGAAAAUCCAAAACUGACCGGCCAGAUUUUCCUUGCCGGAUUGGUCCAAAAUGAUAGUGUGGUCGAGGUGAAAUCGGAUGAUUUUCGAAGCCGCGGCGUCAACUCUGAGGCCCGACUUGCCGCGGCCAGGACGGCAUUCGAAGGCUAUAUUGAUGCCAGGAUUGAAUUUUAUGUGGGAAUCCUGGAAGGGGUCCUGCAACUCGGAGCCUUGGCCGGGCAUCCGCGUUGCGGCCAUGUGGCGACCUUCCUUCCUACGUUUCGGCGUAACAUACAACCCCAUGCUGUGAGCCUCAUCGCCCUCUUCGACGAAACGUGCCGUGCGAAUUUCUCGAGGUUUUGGAAGUACGCUGAGUAUGCGUUUUUUGCGGGCGCCACCGGGGCGGCCAUCUUUGCCGGGCCGGUAUGGGUGCGAACGGCGGCAACUGGGGUGGCCGCCAUCGGCACGUUGAAUGCAGUUUGGCGCGGC